AUGAGCUACCUGUCCACUGGACGCUCCCUUGGGGCUGGCGUGAACGUUGGUGCUCAUACUCUGUGGGCCACCAUGCUGUGUCCUGAACACGGGCUUGGUUAUGACCCGUACAAUCCUGAGCUGCCCAAGCCCCCGGCGCAGAGGGAGAAUGGUGCCCUGGGUAGAGGGGACGAGCCCCGCUCGGACAUUCUGGAGCUGGAGCUGGUCAACCAGGCCAUUGAGGCUGUGCGUUCCGAGGUGGAGCUUGAGCAGAGGCGAUACCAGGAGCUCCUGGAGACGACCCGGGAGCACGGCUCGACUGAGGCCCCCGCGCUGGCGCCCCGCGGCCCCAUUGCCUGCCCCGCCGCCGGCCUGGACGAGGAUGCUUUCCCGCUGUCCUUCAGUUACAACCCUGGCGGCCGUGGCCUGUUCAGCCCCGAUGCCAGCUACCAGCCCACACCACUGGCUGCCUCUGCCGAGCCCAGCAGCAAGUACUCGCUGGCCUCUCUGGACCAGGGUCAGGGCCAUGGUGGAGGGGGUGGCAAUGCCCUGGAGUACGUCCCCAAAGCUGUGAGCCAGCCCCGGCGAUACAGCCGCCCUGUCCACAGCAGCAAGUACGUGGUGGACAACUCCAAGCCCUCUACAGACCUGGAAUACGACCCACUGUCCAACUUCUCUGCCCGUCUGCUCAGCAGAGCCAGCGCCAAGGACGACAGGGCCCCCAAGCGACCCAGGGGCUCCCUUAGCAGUGAGCCCUACACGCCUGCACCCAAGAAGACCUGCGACCCUUUUGGUGGCUGUGACGCAAGGUUCUCGGACUCAGAGGAUGAUGCUGCCGCAGCCCCGGGUGAUAAGCCCACCACCGCCAGCCCCCCGAGAGCCCAGGUGGGUUCUGGGAGCAAGGCCCUGGGGAAGCCUGGCUCCAGGGUGGGUGCAGAGCCUGAGGAGGGCAGCCUGCGGGAGACCAAGGAGAUUGCCGUGCAGUAUGACGUGGGGGACCUCGGGCAGCCUCCCAAAGGCCCGGGUGGGCCGCCCCCCACCAAGGCCAGCUCCCCGGCCAGGGUCUCACAGGAGCACGGCAGCUCCAAGGAGGGGAGGCCCAAGAAGAAGAAAAGUGGGGUGCUUCCGGCAGCCAGCCCCAAGGACAGUGUCCGGAGAACAGACAAGGAUAAGGAUGGAGCGCGUGGGAGGCUGGCCGAGAAGCCCGGUGUGGACAGGAGGGGCCUGCAGGCCAGCAGCCCCCGGCAAAGGGCAGAGCGGUCCCAAGGGACCAAGAAAAAGCCAUCUUCAGCCACUCUGGUGGCCAGCUCAGGGAAAGGCCGGCCUGACCAGCCGGGACCGAAACCAAGCCCCACACAGGGGGGCGCCCGCCAGCUGCCGGACAGGACAGUUAGUGAGACCCCAUCAGGGAAGCUGGCAGAGCGGAAGACCCGCUCACUGGACGAGGGCACCCCCCGGGACGCCCCCAAGCUGCAGAGGCGGGCCCUGAGCCACGCCGACCUCUUCGGGGAUGAGAGCGAGGACGAGGACCCCGGGCCCAAGGUGCCUGGACUCCGGCCGCCUGCCCUCCCCAGCCUCAGCUCCAGCUCCGAUUCGGACUCUGACUCAGACACGGACUCCAGCCUGGGCCUCUCUUCUGCACGGGGGCUGCCCAAACGCCUCAAGGCCUCCCCGCCCCCCUUGGCUGGCCAGUCCUCCUCCUCCCCCUCGUCCUCGUCCUCGUCGGGGGCGGGUUCUGACGUGGACUACUCAGUCCUGGAGAAGGAGGUCGACUUUGACUCCGACCCCAUGGAGGAGUGCCUGCGCAUUUUCAACGAGUCCACCGCGGUCAAGACGGAGGACAAGGGCCGGCUGGCCCGGCAGCCUCCCAAGGAAGAGAAGAUGGAGGACCAGGGGCAUUCAGGGCUGACCACUCUGUUCCCUGGGCAGAAGAGGAGGAUUUCUCAUCUUUCCAAGCAAGGCAAGGAGGCGGAGCCGACGAAGAGAGGCCCCACGCUCCCCACCCGGCCCCCGACUGCCCAGGAGGUGUGCUACCGGCGGGCCCAGCAGGCGCAGAGGGAGUCAGCCAGCUGGUUCCAGGCUGCCCAGCAGCCGGCCGAGAGGCCAUCCUCUGUCCACAUCUCGGCCCCAGGCGAGAAGAGGAGGAUCGCCCAUGUCCCCAACCCACUCCUGGCUGCAGCCCCCACAGGUGCCAAAAGGACCCUCUCGGCCAGCAGCAGCCAGCCUCCCAAUGGCCCCGAGCCCGGCAGCCAGCCCCUGAAGACGCGCACGCUGUCAGGCAUGGCGUCCAAGACCACCACCACCAUCACCCCCAAGCGUGUGGCCCACAGCCCGUCCUUACAGAGUUUAAAGAAGCCCAUUAUCCCGAAAGAGUUCGGAGGCAAAGUCCCCACCGUCAUCCGGCAGCGCUAUCUCAACCUGUUUAUUGAAGAGUGUCUCAAAUUUUGCUCUUCUAACCAGGAAGCCAUAGAGAAGGCGCUCAGCGAGGAGAAGGUGGCCUAUGACCGCAGCCCCAGCAAGAACAUCUACCUGAACGUCGCUGUGAACACGCUCAAGAAGCUGCGUGGCCUGGUCCCCAGCACCGGGCCCGGUGUCAACAAAACCAGUGGCCGAAGGGUCGUGUCCCAUGAAGUGGUUUUGGGGGGCAAGUUGGCUGCCAAGACCAGCUUUUCGUUCAGUCGCCCCAGCAGCCCCCGAGUGGAGGAUUUGAAAGGGGCCGCCCUGUACGGCCGCCUCAAGGAGUACCUGCUCAGCGAGGACCAGCUCAAGGACAACGGCUACCCCUUCCCGCACCCCGAGCGGCCGGGCGGCGCCGUCGUCUUCACGGCUGAGGAGAAGAAGCCCAAGGACUCCUCCUGCAGGGUCUGCUGCCGCUGCGGCGCUGAGUACCUCGUGUCCUCCUCGGGCCGCUGUGUGCGGGAUGAGGAGUGUUACUACCACUGGGGGCGGCUGCGCCGGAACCGAGUGGCCGGUGGCUGGGAGACUCAGUACACGUGCUGCUCGGCCGCCAUUGGCUCCACCGGCUGUCAAGUUGCCAAGCAACACGUGCAGGACGGCCGGAAGGAGAACCUCGAAGGAUUUGUGAAGACCUUUGAGAAAGAACUUUCAGGAGACGCGCACCCAGGAAUCUACGCCCUUGACUGUGAAAUGUCCUACACCACGUACGGCCUGGAGCUGACGCGUGUCACAGUGGUGGACACGGACCUGCAGGUUGUGUACGACACCUUUGUCAGGCCAGACAACGAGAUCGUCGACUAUAACACCAGGUUUUCAGGGGUGACUGAGGCCGACCUGGCAGACACGAGCAUCUCCCUCCGGGACGUCCAGGCUGUCCUGCUGAGCAUGUUCAGUGCAGACACCAUCCUCAUCGGCCACAGUCUGGAGAGCGACCUGCUGGCCUUGAAGGUCAUCCACAGCACCGUGGUGGACACGUCCGUGCUCUUUCCGCACCGCCUGGGCCUCCCCUACAAGCGCUCCCUGCGGAAUCUCAUGGCCGACUACCUCAGACAGAUCAUCCAGGACAAUGUGGACGGGCACAGCUCCAGUGAGGACGCCAGUGCUUGUAUGCACCUGGUGAUCUGGAAGAUCCGAGAAGACGCCAAGACCAAGCGAUGACCGCCGCCUGCCUGCCCGCCUCUCUCACAGCCCCGGCCCGCCCUCUACCCCAGGCCUCUUCCAAAACAGUGCAAUAAAUCUCGAGAGCUAGCCCUGUCCACGUCACCAAGCACGGAAAACCGAGAACGGGACGAGCUGGCGGCAGAGAGCCCAAUGCCAAGAGCGACCCUGGAACCCUGCGCCCCCGCCGCGCCCCCUCACGCCCGUCCCUGCCUCUCUGCCCCCAGACCUCUGUCCUCUGGAGACUGCUGCUGACUCGAUGGGCCGGGGCUGGGCCCUGCUCCCGCCGCUUCUCUCGGGUGGUGGGUGGGAGGCGGCCAGGCAGGCUUGUCGAGGGUGUGUUUGAGACAGGGGUCGUCUUGUUAUUUUGUAUUGUUAUUUUAUUCUUUUUAAUUUAAACCUGAUGACUUGCACAGUUGUCUUCCUCUACCCAGAAGAGCGAGACCCUGGUGCUGCCUUCCCUCCUGAGGGGCGGGGCGGGGCUGGGGGCAGCCAGCUGGCGCCCCAGCAGCCACCAGGACCCGGGAGUUCAGCCCUCAGCCCACCUGGACCCUGUGACUUCUGGGAACCGAGCCAGCCCCUCUGUCAGCCCCCAGGGCCUCGCCUUCCGGAUGCCCCGGGGCCUGCCUGCCUCUGGACGCUGUCUUCCCGCCAGAGCCCCACCCUCCUCAGGGAGGCUGUCUAAAGCCGUGCAGCCCCCAGGCUCCCCAGCCCCUCUCCCCCUCCCCCAGGCAGGGACAGAAUAAAUGUUUGUAUUGAUUUUAGA